UUUGGCGGUCUACAACGUGUACCUUAACCAUGAAUCACGUUUUUCUGAUUAGUCUUUUAAUUACAAGGUAAUUACGCGUUGAUGUUACUGCUACCACUUGCGAAUAUUUGCGAACUACUUAAUUUCAUUAAAUUUGUUGAAAGUUAAGAAGAUUUACGAUGAAGAACAAGAAGGACACCAGUUUCAAUCUAGACGAUUUUACGUCCACGACAACGCUAGCAACAAACGAAGUUAGCGCACAAAUUCCGAGCAACGGCACUUUAAAAGAUGACGGCGAGUAUAAUCCAUUCGAACACAGAAUCGUCGAACAUCCAACAUCAACUGUAGGAUCCUUAAUUCAUUUAUUAAAGGGUGCACUUGGUACAGGUAUCUUGGCGAUGCCGCACGCUUUCAAAAAUGCUGGACUGUUAUUGGGUUCCGUCGCCACCAUCGCCAUUGGAAUUUUAUGCACCCAUUGCAUUCAUUUAUUAGUAAGUGCCUCCCGUGAUAUCUGUAGAAGAUCAAAGGUCCCAUCACUGGGAUUGGCAGAAACGUGUGGAGCGGCUUUCGACUACGGCCCGAAAUGUUUACGCAAAUACUCAGGUGCUGUAAAAGUGUUUGCGGACAUCUCGCUGGUCGUCACUUACUUCAUGGGGGUGUGCGUAUACAUAGUAUUCAUUGCAGAAUCAACAGAACAGUUAGUGAAACAUUGGUUUCCAGAGUUUGAGCUGGACACGCGAAUUUAUAGCGCCAUUACGAUGAUACCAUUACUGCUGUCCACACAAAUUCGACAACUAAAAUAUCUCGUGCCGUUUUCUUUCCUAGCGAACAUAUGCCUACUCGUCGGCUUUGGAAUAACGCUAUACUACGUUUUCAAUGAAACGCCAGAUUUGUCCAGCGUGCCGCUGUUCGAAUCACUGGAGCGACUACCGACCUUUCUAAGUACCGUAAUUUUCGCAAUGGAAGGCGUGGGUGUGGUCAUGCCCGUGGAAAACACUAUGAAACAUCCGCAGCGUUUUCUUGGCUGGUUUGGCGUUUUGAAUGUUGCAAUGGGAACGGUCGUGGUGAUCUACGGCGUUAUUGGAUUUUUUGGAUUUCUACGGUUUGGUGAAGAAACCGAAGCUAGCAUUACUCUUAAUUUGCCUGUCAGCGAAAGCUUAGCGCAGAGCGUCAAGGUGCUGGUUGUCCUCGCCGUUUUCUUUACCUACAAUCUUCAAACGUAUGUGGCUCUCGAUGUUAUUUGGAAAAGGAUCUUAUCACCCAGAGUUCAAGGAAAAGUCAAAAUUAACUUUGCGCAGAUUGCAAUGAGAUGUUUGUUUGUUGCGGGGACCGUAAUUAUUGCUGUCGUUGUACGUAAUUUGGAACCCAUCAUUACGUUAGUCGGAUCAGUUUGUCUCUCAACUUUGGGAAUACUUCUGCCGGCUGUUGUCGAUACGGUGCUGCACUUUGACAAGCUUGGAUUCCUAAAGUGGAGGCUGUUUAAAAAUAUCUUCCUAUGCGUUUUUUCAUUAGUGGCACUCGUAUCGGGAUUGAUGAUUAGUAUACAUAGUUUGAUAAACAAUUAAUUGACUUAUAACUAGCCUCUUUUUGUAAAUUUUAUGUAAAUAAUAGGAUAGUAAAUAAAUUUUAUAGUAAUGAAGCUA